AUUAAAAUUAGAUGGCAAGACCAAUAAAAUCUGUUAUUGGAAACUUAAUAUAUUAGGUUUGGAUGGUAUUAAUGGGAAUUUCCUUAUAUCUGAUAUAUAGAGCUGUAACUUAGGAUUAUUGGUUGAUACCUAUUUUAUUAGGAUUUAUUGUAUUCUAAUCGAAAGUUAAGAAAAGUGAUAGAUUUGUAAAUUUUCUAAAAUCAAUGGAAAUAAUGAAAUUUUUUAAUAAAAAUACAAUUUAAACAACAGAAGAAGUUCGAAAGAAUAAUGUAAUUGUAAGAAUAGAAUUUAAUCUUAGUUUGCUUUUCAUCCUCAUGGUAUAUAUAGCUAUUCAACAAUAUCAAAUACUCAUACAACUGGAACAUUUUUUGAAAAUAUGGUAUUAUUAGGAUCAAAUAUGGCAUUGUUAUUUCCAAUAGCUGGAUUAUUUUUGAAAUUCUAUGGAAUUUAAGGAGCAAAUCCUGAAAAUUUUAAGAGAUUAUUAUCAUCUGGAGCAUAAGUUGGAUUAUUACCAGGAGGAUUUGAAGAGGCAACAAUAACAUCUCCAAAAGAAAACAGAAUUUUUAUAAAAUAAAGAAAAGGAUUUAUUUAUUAUGCACUUUAGUAUGGUACAAUAAUAUAUCCUGUAUUUGUUUUUGGAGAAAACACUUUAUUUAAUACAAUAGAUUGGUUUUUACCAUUAAGACUUUGGUUAAAUAAAUUUAAAAUAGCAGGAACCGUGUUUUGGAGUAGAUUUUUAACAAUACCUGUAAAUAUUUUUGAUUAUUUAUUUUUAAUAGGAACCAAAUCGAGAAAUUCAUACAGUUUGUGGUAAAGGUAUCGUUUUGCCAUAAAUUUAGAAACCAUCUCGAGAAGAGGUUGAAAAAUAUCAUUAGAUUUACAUUUAAGCUGUAAAAGAUCUUUAUGAUUAAUAUUCACCAUUAUAUGCAAAGGGUAUACCAUUAAAAAUCUUUUGAAAGUUUAAUAUAUGUAUGUAAAUGAGAGAAUCAAAUUAAAUUAUGG